ACAAACCAACCAACAGAGCUCCUGAAUCCUGAUCGCUCUCCACUGACCGCCGCACCUCCUCCUCUGGAGGAGACCAAAAGGCCGAGCACACCAGCACCAACCCGUCCCAGCAGCAGCAGCCAGCCAGCCACAAAGAGAGAAGAGAGAGAUUACUACUGCUAAAAGGCUCGAGAGCAAGCUAGUCAAAACGUACUUGUAGCUCGCACCGGCCACCAAUCACCAGAGGACAGCGCCCCCCCUCCCUGCAUAUAUCUUCUUCAACAGUGGGAAGGAGAGGCGCCGCCGCACACGCGCGGCAGGACGCGCGCGCGAGCACGCACUUCAAUCAAGCCCCCGGAUUAUCAUCGAGCGAGCAUCAUGUGCAACGCCGCCGGGACCGACUCCUCCUUGCCGCCGGCGCCGGCGCCGCCGCUCGGCUCCUUCAAGGCCUCCGCGCACCAGCUCCUCCACCCCGUCGACGGCGACGACGCCGGCGGCCAUGUACUGCAGCUCUCCAAGCUGGAUGGCACCCUGCAGGUGGCCGGCGAGGCGCGGGCGAUCGGCCGGUUGUCGGUGCCGAUGGCGGUGACGGGGCUCGUCAUGUACUCGCGGGCGCUCAUCUCCAUGCUCUUCCUGGGGCGGCUGGGCGAGCUCGCGCUCGCCGGCGGGUCCCUGGCGCUCGGCUUCGCCAACAUCACCGGCUACUCCGUGCUCUCGGGCCUCGCGCUCGGCAUGGAGCCCAUCUGCGGCCAGGCCUUCGGCGCGCGCCGCGGCAAGCUGCUGGCACUCGCGCUGCACCGCACCGUGCUGCUGCUCCUCGCCGUCGCGCUGCCCAUCUCCCUCCUGUGGGUCACAUCCACGGGGUACAUCCUCAGGCUGCUGGGCCAGGACGAGGGCGUCGCGGGCGCGGCGCAGACGUUCGCCGCGUACGCGUCGGCGGACCUCGCGGUGUUGGCCGUGCUGCACCCGCUGCGCGUCUACCUCCGGUCGCAGAACCUGACGCUGCCCAUCACGGCGUGCUCCCUCUUCUCCGUGGUGCUGCACGGGCCCAUCAACUACCUCCUGGUGGACCGCCUCGGCAUGGGCGUCGCCGGGGUGGCGCUCGCCGUCGCGCUCACCGACCUCAACCUCCUCCUCGCGCUCCUCUGCUUCCUCGCCAUCUCGGGCGCGCACAGGGACUCGUGGGUGGGCCCCACCUCCGACUGCCUCCGGGGCUGGCCGGCGCUGCUCCGCCUGGCGGUCCCCACCGCCACGGCGGUGUGCCUCGAGUGGUGGUGGUACGAGCUCAUGAUCGUGCUGUCGGGGCUCCUGGCCAACCCGCGCGGCACCGUGGCGUCCAUGGGCAUCCUCAUCCAGGCCACGUCGCUCGUCUACGUGUUCCCCUCCUCGCUGGGCCAGGGGGCGUCCACGCGCGUCAGCCAUCAGCUCGGCGCCGGCCGCCCCGCGGGCGCGCGACGCGCCGCCGGCGCAGCGCUCUCCAUCGGCGUCGCCGUGGGACUGGCGGCGGCCGCCUUCAUGGUCUCCGUCCGCAACCACUGGGCCCGCAUAUUCACGUCGGACGCGGACAUCCUCCGCCUGACGGCCGUGGCGCUCCCCAUCGCGGGGCUCUGCGAGCUCGGCAACUGCCCGCAGACGGCCGGCUGCGGCGUCCUCCGCGGCAGCGCCCGCCCGGCCAGCGGCGCGCGCAUCAACCUGGCCUCCUUCUACCUGGUGGGCAUGCCGGUGGGCGUGGCGCUGGCGUUCGGCGCCCGGCUCGGCUUCGCCGGGCUGUGGCUCGGCCUUCUGGCGGCGCAGGCUGCCUGCGCCGUCUGGAUGGCGCGCGCGGUGGCGGGCACCGACUGGGACGUGGAGGUGGCACGCGCCAAGGAGCUGACCAAAGCCAGCACUAGCAACAACCACAGCGAGUGCAACGCCACCACCACCCCGGCUAGUGAUAUAACCACUGUGAUCGCCACUAUCGCCACAGGCGCCACUACCAACAACAGCAAUGCCGCCGGCUGCAAGAACAACAGCAACGGCUACGUGCCGAUCAGCGAGAGCUGCUGCGGCAACGACAACGAGCUGGAGAAGCUGGAGGCAGGCCUGAUGACCAGCGACGACGACGCGCCUAGCGCCAGCGUCAGCGGCAACGACGACGCGUCAGGCGACACCGAUACCGCUGUGGUUAGCGAGAAUCACGGCAGCAGCAGCAGCGAUGGCGCUGCUGGUACGACGGCGACGGAGGGAAAGGAGCAGAGGAGGGGCGGCCCGGAGCGGGCCCCGCUCAUCAGUGUGGGGGACGGGGAGCACGGUGGCGACAGCCGGGGAGGUGGCCAGGUCUAAGCGAGCGCGCGUGAUUGGCCGAUUAAUCCAUUAAUCUUUUGCUAUUGACUUUGAUCCGUCUCCAUUUCAUUUCAUCUGUUCCUCCUUUUUCUCUUUGAAUGAACUGGGGCGAGGUUUUGUGAGAAAUUAUGCUACUACUACUAGAGAUAGAAAAGAAUUAUAUGUUUUGCCAUCCACAUAUAUAAUUUCUUUUCUAUCUACCCUCACCCCGGUACAUAUAAUGUACAUGCAUGCAUGUAAUCCUCUCCUCCAUGUAAUGAUCAAGGGAGGUGUGUCUUAUAAAA